UUUUAAUGUGUUUAAGAUUUCCGGCUCCUUGUGCAAACGUUGAGUAGCUGUGGCGUUAAUAAUAUGAUGAACCCAUCAUAUUCCUGACAUUCCACAAUAGCACCAUAUUUCAAAAGCUUGUAACUGUCUGCAGGAGACUUCACUGACUGCCAUGUCUCUGCGCCGUACAUAAGGAUAGAAGAUUGUACAAGAUAUUCUGCAAAUGUUCCACAUAACGAACUCGACAUGGUGCAAAAGGGACCAAGACAACUACCAGCACGUUAUCUUUUCGGUAGAUUCAACGGAUAGAUGCGAUGAUAUUUUGGAAAUUCUGAAAGAUAAUUACAUUGGACAAAAAUAUGAUUCUACUGUCAACGUUCUUCCUUGCAGUAUACAGUACAAGUCGGAUAAUGAAUAUAGUGGAUAUUCUGAAGAGGACUGUCCAGCUAGUCCAGAAUAUGAGAAACACCACACAGCUUGGGAUCGGUUCCUGAGUUCAGUAAGGGCACGAUUGACAGUUGCGCAAGUGGUCGAAAACGUGAAAAUCCAUGCCUCCCUAACAUUCGAUUUUCUUCUACUUAUCUUCAUGUCAACGUAAGACUUAACUUAACCUCCCUCAAAUCUCUUUACUAGUAACAUAGACAGUAACUAGUCACUCUUCUCUUCGACUUAACUUAUGGUCUACGUCUUUUUCAUCAGGAAUCGGCCAAUAUGACUGUAUCAGCAUUGGCCGAUUAUCGUUAUCUCUCCUGUUUAUUCAUCGAUUUUUUAUAUGCCAAAUAUGUCGGCAAUAGAUAAAUACAAAAAGAAAUCUAGUUAAGUGUGAAAGUAUAUUAGGAAAACCAAAUUUGUCUGACGACUUGAGUUCAAUGUGUACGAGAGAGAAGCGUGAGACGCUAUGUUAGAAAGAGAUAGAAGUCGGCUGGCCAGCAAAGCUCAUUACCACGCCUAGCAACACUGGGUCGUUGAAUUAAGAUGCAUGUUGAAAAGAUGUGUUAGUUUAUUCUCUAUGCCCAAAUAACGGUUUUAUUUUGUGCGUAAAAAUUUUUGAAUUGUAAAUUGUCACGAACCUGUUUAGAAUCGAUUCUAAAGCGGUCCAACGACACUCCAUUUUAGAUUUAGAUUAUUGGUUUGAAUGACAACACCGCAUUUCGUACAAAGGAAGGAUUCCACAUCCAUGAUCAUAGAUGAGGCAUUUUGGUCAGUACCAUCUCGCGCUCAUACUUGAGCAUCGUCCUGCUUCGAAAUGGUUUUUACGUGCGUAUACGCGUAAAAAAGAUGUUUGUUAAUACAUGAUAAAAAACGUGUUUUAUCACACUUUAACAUCAACGCAUCCUCACUGGACAACCCUUUAUUUAGACAGCCAUGAACGAAAAUAAUAUUUUAUCUUAAUUUUCAGAGUUAUGUGCGCCGUGGGCCUAGUAGAAAAUAGCAACGUGUACUUACUUUCCAGUAUGGUUAUGUGUCCAAUGAUGGGUCCUGUUCUAGCUGGUACUUUUGGAUUUGUGAUCCAGCACCGACAUCUGAUGAAAAUGGGUGUUCAAAACGAGCUGAUUGGUUUAGGGAUCGCUAAUCUUGUCGGCUUUUCUUAUGGCUGUGUUAUUUCCUCCAUCACAGAAUGGUACGGAAGUCUUGGAGGGACCCAUGACUGGCCCACCUAUGAAAUGACAUCCAGAGGUGAGCUUAGAGGCCUGUGGGUUGGUAGCCUGACAGCCCUACUUUCUGGAGCCGUAGUAGCAUUAGGAAUAUUAAGUGACAACAUCGCAUCACUUGUUGGUGUUGCCAUAUCAACUUCACUCACUGUACCUGCUGUCAACGCUGGAUUAUUUUGGGCUCUAUCCACAGUGUAUUAUAUCAAGGGGCCUGAAUUUGUCGCAAAACAGAACUUAAAGCUUUACAAUUACUAUUCGAAUGACCCCAUAUACGAGCUCUUGUCUUACGGAGCUAUAAGCAUAUGCCUUUCUUUUCUGAAUAUCAUAUGCAUCUUUGCAGCUGGCAUAAUAGUAUUCAAGAUCAAGGAAGUAGCUCCAAUGUCUCUAAGAGACCACGCUAGAAGAACAUUUUGGAAACACGAUAUUCGUGUUGCCAGAGACUAUAACAGAACUGUGCACAGUGACCAAGGCAGUUGUAUGUUGAAAAAAAUCAGAGAAGAUCUCACACAUUAUCACACUAUGGGAUAUGAUCAUAUCUACCAGUCUACAGUAUCUAAGGACAUUCAUCUAGGCAACGUAAAACGCCCAGAGUAUACGUGGUCACCCCAUAUGGAUCCAAAAGGAAAUGACGUCAGAAAAGUCACUGAUCUGUAUGAUAUGCUUAUGAAGAAAACGUCUAGUUUAUCUUCAAAACCCAUACAGACAGUCAGUUCACCAAAAACCGGCAGGUAUAGAAGACUAUCACAGAUUUUCGUGAAAGAUGAUAAGCUGGAUUCUAUCAACGAAUAUCACGGAAAUAGAUUAGCUGAAAUUCAUUCAAACUCUGCUAGUUCUACGGAAGGAACUAAUACUUUAGAAAAAAAGAGGUUUACAGUGACACCUUGUAAAACUGAUCCCUUGUUAGCGUGACAUUCAUUUGUGAUAUGUAAUUUUUUAUGAUAAUGUCUCCUGGAUUGUGAUGUGUAUUUAUACGUAUUUUUAAUAAAUAAAGUUUUUUAACAAAA